AUGGCUUCUGUAGUUUUAUCUAGUGUUUCUUCCACCAUUGCACCUAAUUCUGCUUCUCUUUCUGGUUGUAAUUCAACUACUACUCCUCUUCCUUCUGGUGUACCUGUUAUUUCUAACGAUGAUCUUCUUCCAAAAAAGGACAACAAGAACAAAAAGUCAAAGGAUAAGAAAAAAAAGGCAUCGAAGAAGGAUAGUUCUGUAAAGAAAUCAAAGGAAUCCAAGCCUAUUCGUCAGGCUGUUGGUGUAAUUGUAAUUGAUCCGGCUACACAAAAGAUUCUCAUGUUAGAAAGCAAAAAAAAGAAAGGAACCUAUGUACUUCCUCGUGAUGAUUGCAAGACUAAGCCUACCGAAGAACAUCCUGAACAAGCUGCGCUUCGUCUUUUACAUGAAAAAGCAGGCGUGUCUACUAGUUACUUGUCUGCUCGUAUUGGAUCUUACUCUCAAGCAAAUAAAAAGGGUAAAAUAACCGCUCACCAUUGGAUGUAUGAAGUUCAUGGACCCACACUGCUUAAAACUUGGCCCAAUUCUAAUCGUCAGCGUGUCUGGGUCUCUUACGAAGAAGCUUUGAAGGCUACCGAAAAUAAGCGUAUGUCUCAUCUUGCACUUGAAAGAUGCUCUCUUGCAAGGACUAUUAUUUCUUAA